GAUAACAAUCCUGGUAUGUAUUUAGAGGUUCGUGAGUCAAUUAACGACAACCCUGAAAUAUCAGAAACGCAAUUGCGAACCCCUUGCAUCUGUCCGGUAUGGAACUACCCGAACUAGCGAUAGCUUCAAGGAUUAAUAGGCUCUGAAGCGUUCGUGUAGUCGGAGGUCUUGACUAUUUAGUCCCACGUCUCCGCGAAAAGGAACUACCCGUUCAAUCUAGUAUACUUGUGUUGUUAUGCUUCCGUGUAUGGGGUUACCGGAGAUUGGAUGAACUUGUUCAAUGCAUCGGAACAUAGUAGAACACCAAGGUAUAAUGUAUGAUGAUUCGCCUAGCCUGCCGCGUUGGUUACACCCCGUGUGAUUGUAACCCUGUACUCUGAUGAUGAACUUUCGAUGCCCCUGAAGUCAUAGCCUUCCUAAAGACUAGAAACCUCAGGAUACACUAGACCCGAAAACUUCGUGAUGAAAUUUAUAUAUAGGACGAUUUCAUCCUCAGAAAGGCUGUAUUGAAUCUCCGUACUCAGCUUCCAAACCAUCGUUCUCAUACUUAUCCUCACCUAUCCAACAGCACCUCUGAGCUGGUGUGCAACUCAGAAUCUUAUCUAUCGAGGAUUAACACCAUGCAUGCCAACAAGGUCUUCCUUAUUGUCGGCGCUCUUGCCGUUCAGUCUCUAGCCCAAACUUUCGCCGAUGAAUCCUGUUCUAGUUCUUGGCUUGCGCUUGAGGCGGCUGCUCCCCAACCCGCUUCAGAAAUCUUCGGCAUUUUACCAGACCCGGCCAGUAUUUUGAGAGACCCCUCCGGCUAUGCGAGCGCCCUGUGUGCAGCCGCCUCCGAGCUACCUCCUUCGGGAUUGAGUGAUUUUGCAGAAUGGGGUCAGUCGCUCCUCCACUUUGCCUCGGUAGAAAUCUCAAGCUACGAUGCUCUCGCCACGAGCUGCUUCAACACGAACUCUGCGGAAGGGGCUGCGGCCACCAGCUACCUCCACUCCAUCGUCUCGCAAACGGCUCCGCUGUGCGUGGAGACCACUGUGUCCAGUACAAAGGGCUGUCAACCCAACGCGUCCGCUACGAUUACCUCAUUGCCGAAGCGCACGCCAAUGCCCCUUCGGAGGAUCAGGUAAAUGUGUUGCGGAACACAUUGCUGGCGUCGUGGUUGUUUGUCUUCCAAUUGUUGCACCUUUCGGUAAACAGCUAGGUGGCGGUAUGAUGAGAUACCUGGCUCUGAACUGAGUAGGACAAACAAGGAAGUGGCUGAUUUUGAAUGCUUCUGCGGAUUGGGAGUGACGGAUGAGAGCAUAGCCAAAGAACAGAGGGGAAGCUGUUUCUAUGAACUGUGGAAUAGUAGUAACAAUUAAUUACUCAACUAAAUGCUUCAGAGAAGUUUUAAUCUCCAAAUGUGAAGCCCUUCAAUGGUGUGAUCGCAGUGUUGUGCUAGCUUCAUUCUUCUUAAUUUUAGGGAGUCGGUGUUGAUAGUGUUUUCAGACGAACUGUCAUCACAGGUGCUCUAUGUGGUGUUAUCGAUUCAUACUGAAAACACACCGAGGCUGAUGAAGUUAUAGGCUUCGUCAAGGCUAUAUGAGGUGAUAGGUGGCCCGAAGGGGUAACAGCUAACCGUAACUCGAGCAGGGUCUUAUCCUUUUUUGUGAUGAUACGGAGUAC